ACGACUUCCGCAUUGCUUUCCCACGGCGACACUAUUCGUCCUAUUUCGUAAAACAAAAUGGCACAGGUGUGUGACAGUCUGCGCCUGCCCUUGUUUGCAGGUGUUUUUGCCUUGUUGAUGACCGCCCACGGUCACCCACAGUGUUUGGACUUCAUGCCGCCCUUCGAGCCAGCAGAGCCCCUCAGUUUAUGCCAGGAGUACAGCAAAUUCGGAUGCUGUACCCGCGAACAGGAUCAUGAACUGAAGAAACAGUAUGAUGAAAUUCUCAGAAGUUUACCGCAGAAUUCCCGUACAAAGUGUGAGAAGCACGUCAUGAACAUCCUCUGCCAGGAGUGCUCACCUUACGCCUCCCAUUUGUACGACCUGGAAACCACUCAAGUGAAAAAACCGCUGCCAGGACUAUGUCCGAAGUAUUGUUCCUCGAUACCUAGUGAGUGCAUCAAUGCCCUCCUCUCGACAACAAUAGACCCAUCUGUUCGUAAGACACUUUCGCCGUCAGAUCCCCAAAAGUUCUGCGAGUCUACUAAAAUUACCGACAUGGACUACUGUUAUCCUGACAUUAUUACUAACGAGCAGUUUUCCAAUGACAUCCAAAAAGCCAUACAGGGCACCGGUGGGGAGGAGUGCCUGUGCUUCAAGCAGCUUGUGGUCGGUUUGAGGAACCCCACGGUCCUCGUGCAUGCAGGGGACGGCACUCAUCGUAUUUUUAUUGGUGAACAGUACGGGAAGGUGCACGUGUAUCUGCCUGAUUUCAGUAAAAUAGACACGCCUUUCCUUGACCUGUCUAAGAAUAUUCUGACAUCCACUAGGCGGGGUGAUGAACGUGGUUUUCUAGGGAUGGCGUUUCAUCCGGACUACAAACAAAACAAUAGACUCUUUGUAUAUUAUUCCAUUGGAGACGACAAACAUCAGAAGAUCCGUAUCAGUGAGUUCCGGAUAGCAUCUCACGACCCCAACCAGGUGGACCGCGCCUCCGAGAAGGUCCUCCUUGAGCUGGACGAGCCAGCGGGCAAUCAUAACGGCGGCCAGCUGCUGUUCGGGACGGACGGAUAUCUGUACGCCUUCACGGGUGAUGGAGGAAAAGCGGGAGACCCAUGGGGUAAAAGAGGAAACGGACAGAACAUGUCCUCGCUCUUGGGAAAGGUGAUUCGCCUUGACAUCAACCAUCCAGACGACAGCGUGCCUUACGCCGUGCCGAAUGAUAACCCGUUUGUCGGACAGCCCAACAUCAGGCCCGAGAUUUACGCUUAUGGCCAGCGGAACUCCUGGCGGUGCUCCGUGGACCGGGGUGACCCCGAAACUGGGGAAGGCCGAGGGCGCAUUUUCUGCGGGGAUGUCGGACAGGGGAAAUGGGAGGAGGUUGACAUCAUCACGAAGGGAGGGAACUACGGAUGGCGUGCGUUCGAGGGUUUCGAAUGUUUUGACAAAAAUCUCUGCAAAACUCCAGAGUUGGCCAACCAUAUCCCACCAAUACACGUCUACAGCCACAGUGUUGGAAAGUCAAUUACAGGAGGGUACAUGUACAGGGGCUGUCUCUUUCCAAAUCUGAGGGGACAGUACAUCUAUGGAGACUUCUGGACUGGUUUAAUCUUCUCGCUGACGGAGGAUGCCAAGAAAGGCACGUGGAACAAUAGAGUGGUCUGUGUUGGGGGCGAUGACACGUGCAACAAUGGCGUACGGGGGCUAUACGUACCGAACAUCUUGUCUUUUGGAGAGGAUGAGGCGGGUGAACUGUACAUGCUGGCUACCGACUAUGCCAGCACCAGCCAUGAGGGAGGAGUGGUGUACAGGCUGGUAGACCCUUCAAGGCGGGCGGACCCAGACAAGUGCAACAAAAAAAUAACUCCUGUCGAAGUCCUCGGGUCCAUAGCGUUAUCCUCGGCUGAAACACCCAGCGUUGGCUCCAUGUCUCCAUCUGUAGCAGUGCUUCUCGUUGUGUGUCUCCUGGCCUUUAUGAAGAUUUCUCAUCUCCUGCUGAAAAGGUCCGCCUUCUCCAGAGUCAAAAAAGUUGAAAUGACAAAACUGUGAUAAAACUAGGGUCAAGUUGUCCAGAUCACGAUAAGACACUUUGUGGAAUGCACAAGACGGACCUUGGCACUAUCAGACGUGGGCAUGCUUCUUGUCGGUGAUAAAGAUGAACAAUUACUGGGCAGUAUUUGUAUAGAAAUGUGUUUUGCAUAUUAUCUCUCCGUUGCUGGGUCAAAUAGUCCAUGACUCAGUUGAAACUGAUGAUGGUAAAAAGACAAUACGAUUGUGAAGAAUCCAUAUGAUUUUCACAUUUCAUGAAUAGAAGUAGUCCAUUGUGUUCUGCAGCUGUAGUGCAUGGUCUGGACACACGUAUCUGCAAUGAAUAGUUCGGGAAAUUACAUGAGUGUGUUUCGUUUUUAAAUUGUUAUAAUUUCUCAUUUUCGUGAUAUCAAAGAUGCUUUUGCCGGUUGGGACAAACAGGAAAAUGGGUUGAGUUGACAUUUUCAAUAAUGUGCUUAUCAGAAAUGUUCUUUCCUAUUGGAAAAAUGUUAAUGAAAGUCUAAUCUAUCAAACUAUCAUUUUCGGUGACUUUGGUAACAGACGUACCGGCAGCAAACUAUUAAUGCACACCAAUAUUGUGAUAUUCAGCUAUAUAUGCAUUUAAGCAUUGUAGAAACAAUAAUUAUAACGGGUGUUAGAAGUAAGUGAAAUAACAUAAAGCACAGAUGAUAUGUUGCCCCUUCAGCGAAUUGUAGUGCAAUGGUUAGAAUCCUGAUUGAUACUGAAUUGAAAUAAAAUCUUCUAUAGCCUA